AACAACGCCGGGCCGGAUGCGUGUCACACUUCCCAUCGAUGCUUUUUCCAGUACAUCUGCCGCUCCACCGGCAAGUCUUCGUUGGAAAGUUCGAAGGCACUGGCGGCAGCUUUCUGACUGGCGAGGUUAGGGUUUGCAUCAUCUCGGCUUUGGAGCUAAUCCAGGAAGUGAGGAAUUCAGCAAGGGACGGGCUAGAUGGGCAGUUCAUGGCGACAGCUGAGAGCCAUACUCCGCAAGAAUUGGCUACUCAAGAUUCGCCACCCUUUCACUACCCUUGCGGAGAUUCUGCUGCCGACGGUAAUCAUGUUGUCGCUAAUUGCCGUGAGGUCGACAAUGGAUACUCAAAUGCAUCCAGCACAAGCCUAUAUUCGCAAGGGAAUGUUUAUUGAAGUGGGAAAAAGCGAAGUAUCUCCAAGCUUUGAAAGAAUUUUGCAACUGCUUCUGGAUAGAAAUGAGCACCUUGCCUUUGCGCCGGAUACCAAUCAGACGAGGAAAUUGCUUGAUGUGCUAUCCUUGAGGUAUCCGCUUCUUCAGAUGGUGGCAAAAUUAUAUAAGGACGAGUCGGUUCUAGAAAGUUAUAUACGCUCUGAUCUAUAUGGGUGUUAUGAUGUUACAAGGAAUUUAUCAAAUCCGAAAAUCAAAGGAGCAAUAAUAUUUCAUGAGCUUGGCCCUCAGAUGUUUGAUUAUAGCAUAAGGCUGAACCAUACAUGGGCAUUUUCAGGAUACCCUGAUGUUAAAACCAUAAUGGAUGUGAACGGACCAUAUCUUAACGACCUAGAAUUGGGUGUUAACAUCGUACCAAGUCUACAAUACAGUUUUAGUGGCUUUUUGACGUUGCAACAAGUGAUGGACUCAUUAAUUAUCUCUUCUGCAAAGCAAGAUGUAAAUUAUUCUUCCUUUAUUGAUCGAAUAGAAGGAUCAUUUCAGUCAGUAAGAUCUCGAGGAAGACAAACUUGGAGUGAAUUCAUCCCAGUAAAUAUUAGAAUUGUUCCUUUUCCUACUCGAGAGUACACUGAUGAUGAGUUCGAAUCCAUUGUGAAAGCUGUAAUGGGAGUACUGUACCUCUUGGGCUUCCUUUUCCCAAUUUCACGAUUAAUUAGCUAUUCUGUUUUUGAGAAGGAACAAAAGAUAAAAGAAGGCCUCCAGAUGAUGGGUCUUAGUAACAAGAUAUUCUACCUUUCGUGGUUCAUGACAUAUACUUUACAGUUUGCAAUUUCUUCCGCUAUCAUUACAGCAUCUACAAUGAACAGUCUUUUUAUGUAUAGUGACAAGUCACUGGUGUUCAUCUACUUCUUUUUGUUCAGUUUAAGUGCAAUAAUGCUUUCCUUCUUUAUCUCAACAUUUUUUUCUCGAGCAAAGACAGCUGUGGCAGUUGGUACUUUAUCUUUUAUUGGUGCAUUCUUUCCUUAUUAUUCAGUAAAUGAUCCUGCUAUUUCAAUGAUAUGGAAAAUCUUAGCUUCUUUGCUAUCACCAGCAGCCUUUGCGCUUUGUACCGUUAAUUUUGCUGACUAUGAGCGUGCUCAUGUUGGCGUUCGAUGGACCAAUAUGUGGCAGGCAUCAUCUGGAGUUAAUUUCUUGGUCUGCCUCUUAAUGAUGAUUCUUGAUACAAUUAUAUACUUUUCUCUUGGGUUGUUGUUUGACAAGGUUCUUCCUCGAGAGAAUGGAGUAAGCUAUUCCUGGAAAAUUCUGCUUUCUAAGAUAUUAUUUUGGAAGAAGACUCCGUUCCAUCAUUGUGAUGGUACAGAUCGACCAACUUAUGAGGUGUUACCAGAAGGAUCUCAUUAUGCUGUUGAUGGAUGUCUUGACAAUGCAUUUGAAGCAAUUAGCUUGGAUAUGAAACAACAAGAACUUGAUGACCGGUGUAUUAAGCUCAGGAAUCUUCAUAAGGUUUAUGCGUCGAAGAAGGGAAACUGUUGUGCAGUGAACUUUCUCAACCUUUCUUUAUAUGAAAAUCAGAUUCUUGCUCUUUUAGGUCACAAUGGAGCUGGGAAAAGCACAACCAUUUCUAUGCUGGUCGGUCUUAUUCCACCUACAUCUGGUGAUGCGCUUGUUUUUGGCAAGAAUAUUACAACCAGCAUGGAUGAUAUUCGGAAGGCCUUGGGAGUAUGUCCUCAACAUGACAUAUUAUUUCCAGAGCUGACGGUAAAGGAGCACAUGGUAAUGUUUGCUGCUCUUAAAGGUGUUGCUGACCAUUGUCUAGAGGGUGAAGUAAACGAAAUGAUCAAUGAAGUAGGAUUGACCGAUAAGAUUAACUCAGUUGUAGGAUCACUUUCUGGAGGAAUGAAGAGGAAAUUAUCACUUGGAAUUGCUCUUAUCGGGAAUAGCAAGGUUAUCAUUCUUGAUGAACCUACCAGUGGUAUGGAUCCAUAUGCUAUGCGUUCUACAUGGCAAUUGAUAAAGAAGAUCAAAAAAGGAAGGAUAAUUCUUCUAACAACGCAUUCUAUGGAUGAAGCUGAUGUUCUGGGAGAUCGAAUAGCUAUCAUGGCAAAUGGCAGUUUAAGAUGUUGUGGGAGUUCUCUCUUUCUGAAGAAUCGGUAUGGGGUUGGAUACACACUAACGAUAGCCAAGACAUCCCCACGUGCUUCUGUUGGGGCUGAGAUCGUUCGUCAUCAUGUGCCAACAGCUGAAUGCAUAUCUGAUGUUGGUUCGGAAGUAUCCUUCAGACUUCCUCUUGCUUCAUCAUCAUUAUUUGUAAAUAUGUUCCGGGAGAUUGAAAGCCGUAUGAGAAGACCAGACAAUGAAGAUAAUUCUAGAUUUGUGGAAAAUGAUUGUGGUAUUGAGAGUUAUGGAAUCUCAGUUACUACACUGGAGGAAGUUUUUUUGAAAGUUGCAGGGCAAAGGUUGGAUGAAGUAGAUUUUCAUCAAUAUCAAAAAGGUCUCGAAAACUCGAGCACUGCAGGUUAUCAAGUUUCCCAAAGCACGCAUUUUGGAUUAUCAGUAUCUAAAGGUUACUGGGUUCAUACUCUCGGGUUUUUCAGAAGGCUGUUCUGUGCUAUUAGGCAUAUUCUUAGCUUGAUCAUAUCCACUAUCUUUGGUUUCGCGGUAUUCUCUUUAACUAAAAUCUGUAGCUGCGUCAUAAGGCCAGUUUUUUGGAUGCACUUAAAGGCGCUCUUCAUAAAAAGGGCGAUUUCUGCUCGAAGGGAUAGGAAAACAGUUGCUUUUCAGCUGCUGAUUCCGGCUAUUUUCAUGUUUUUAGGUUUACUUUUCUUAAGGAUUAAGCCUCAUCCUGAUCAGGGUUCCAUGUUACUGACAACAUCUCACUUCAAUCCUUUAUUAACUGGUGGAGGUGGUGGUGGACCAAUUCCAUUUAAUCUCUGUUAUCCAGUUGCUGAAAAGGUUGUAUCACACGUGAUAGGUGGUUGGAUACAGAAAGAGGAACCCAGAAGUUACAGAUUUCCUGAACCGGAAAAGGCACUUGCUGAUGCUAUUAGUGCAGCUGGACAAGAACAUGGCCCUCUUCUUCUUUCCAUGAGUGAAUAUCUGAUUACUAGCCUUAAUGAAUCUUAUCAGUCGAGAUAUGGCGCAGUUGUCAUGGACGAUCAGUAUGCUGAUGGAAGUUUAGGAUAUACAAUACUUCACAACUGUACCUGCCAACAUGCAGCUGCUACGUAUAUAAAUUUGAUGAAUGCUGCCAUAUUGAGGCUUGCAACUGGUAAUAGCAACAACACAAUAAAAAUCCGUAAUCACCCUUUGCCUAUGACAAUGUCCCAACAUGCACAAAGACAUGAUCUUGACGCCUUCUCCGCAUCAAUAAUUGUGAGCAUGGCUUUCUCUUUCAUUCCAGCAUCCUUCGCAGUUUUAAUUGUUAAGGAGCGUGAAGUCAAAGCGAAACAGCAGCAGCUGAUUAGUGGGGUAUCUAUAUGGACAUAUUGGAUAUCAACAUUUGCAUGGGACUUCUUCAGCUUCUUACUUCCAGUUUCACUGGCACUGUUUCUAUUUUUCAUAUUUGGCCUGAAUCAAUUCAUUGGAUGUGGUAGUUUGAUGCCAACAAUUUUCAUCUUUUUGGAAUAUGGUGCUGCAGUUGCUGCUUUGACUUAUUGCCUCACAUUUUUCUUUACUGAUCAUUCAAUUGCACAGAAUAUAAUUUUACUGUUUCACUUUCUUAGUGGGCUUAUUCUGAUGGUUAUUUCCUUCAUUAUGGGCCUUGUGAAUGCAACUAAAGAAGCUAAUUCUUUCUUAAAGAAUUUCUUUAGGCUAUCACCAUCAUUUUGCUUUGCGGAUGGGCUCGCAUCUCUUGCUCUUCGACACCAAGAUAUGAAAAUGGGAUCAACGCAUCAGAUUCUUGACUGGAACAUUACUGGUGCUUCUUUGUGCUAUUUAGCUGUUGAGAUUGCUGUGUACUUCCUUCUAACUAUUUCUCUUGAAUGCGUACGUCACUACAAAAUUAGGUCGACAAUAAGUAGAGUUUGGUUGCAUCUUUUACACUAUCUGAAUAAUGACACGCCUCAGAGCUAUUCUGAGCCUCUAUUGGGAUCAUUUGGUGAUUCCUCGAUGUUGAUAACUGAUGAGGAUGUAGAUGUUUCAGCUGAAAGGCAGAGAAUUCACAGUGGCCUUGGAGACAAUGCUAUAAUUUGUCUGCGCAAUCUGAGAAAGGUCUACCCUGCAGGGAAAAAACAUGCUGCAAAGGUUGCCGUUCAUUCUUUGACGUUUGCAGUUCAUGAAGGAGAGUGCUUUGGGUUUCUGGGAACAAAUGGAGCUGGGAAAACUACAACACUCUCAAUGUUAACUGGAGAAGAAUGUCCAACGGAUGGAGCUGCCUUUAUUUUUGGAUCUGAAAUUAGUUCAAAUCCUGAUUCCUCACGUCAGCAUAUAGGUUACUGCCCCCAGUUUGAUGCUCUAUUUGAGUUUCUUUCUGCUCGUGAACAUCUUCAAUUUUAUGCAAAAAUAAAAUCUGUUCCGGAGAAUAGAAUCAAUAUUGUUGUUAAUGAAAAGUUGAUUGAGUUCGAUUUGUGGAACCAUGCGGAUAAGCCAUCAUAUACCUUAAGCGGUGGUAACAAAAGGAAGUUAUCUGUUGCUAUCGCAAUGAUUGGUGACCCUCCAAUUGUGAUUCUUGAUGAACCAUCUACAGGCAUGGAUCCCAUAGCUAAGAGGUUUUUGUGGAAUGUCAUAUCUAAUUUAUCAACCAGACGAGGAAAGACAGCUAUCAUACUUACAACUCAUAGCAUGAAUGAGGCUCAGGCACUUUGCACACGGAUCGGAAUCAUGGUUGGUGGAAAGCUCCGGUGCCUUGGGAGUCCACAGCAUCUAAAAUCGCGCUAUGGCAAUCACCUUGAGCUCGAGGUAAAACCCACUGAGGUUGCUACACUCGAGAUUGAUAAUAUGUGCAAAAGUAUUCAAGAAAUACUCCUUGAUUUUCCAAAUCAUAGUAGGAGUAUUCUUGAUGACCUUGAAACUUGCAUUGUUGGGAGUAGUUCAGUUUCUUCGAAGAGUGUAGCAGAGAUUUCUUUGACAAGGGAGAUGAUAAUCUUAACAGCACGCAUGUUAGGGUAUGAAGAAUCAAUUAAGACAAUAUUAUCUUGUAAUCCUGUUUCUGAUGGAGUGUUUGGCGAGCAAUUGUCAGAGCAGCUAAUUCGGGAUGGUAGUAUACCCUUGAGGAUAUUUUGUGAGUGGUGGUUGGCCAAACAGAAGUUCACGCGAAUUGAUUCAUUCAUUCUUGCAUCAUUCCCUGGAGCUAAAUUCCAUGGCUGCAAUGGAUUGAGUGUCAAAUAUCAGUUACCCUACAGAGAGCAUUCCUCACUUGCCGACAUAUUCGGGCACCUGGAAAAUAAUAGAUGGAAACUCGGUAUAGAAGAUUACAGCAUCAGCCAAGCAACACUGGAGACCAUUUUUAAUGACUUUGCUGCCGCCGUAUGACAAGUUCGAUUCCCAGAAUAUAUCCUUCAUUGCAUUUAGCUCUAAUAUCAUAGUAUUGAUCAAUUAUGGAACAUUUUUUUUUAUUUUUAUUAUUUUUCAUGAUACAGUAAUUUGCUCUUGAAGUGACAGCAGUUUUUUUUGUUUUUCUGUACAUUUUACUGGACUUGU